UGAAAAAGGUGAUUUAUGUUUAGUUUUGUUAUUGGUUAAUGAUGUAAAGUUAGGUUAUGUCAAGGUUGUUAACCUAUAUUACAUGCUGAUGAGUACGCUAAAUUCAAUUGAUGGGGUUCCUCGAACACCGGAAGCCAGCUCUCCUGUGAUUCCAGUUUGGAAACCAGACUUGUACAGGAUACAGCAGGAGGCUCCACGGCCCAGAGCUGUCGUGUGUGGCUGGUCGGUAGCUCACACGCCUCCUGAGUACGGGAAUGUCUUUCACGGAGCUCUGUCUCAUGGAGAAGCUGCCUCCAUCCUGAGCCAAGACGGAGAUUACUUGGUGCGCCUCAGUGGUCACAUCUACACACUUUCACUCAGGUUCAAAGGCAAGGUGAAACAUUACAAACUGUACUAUGAUGGUCAGCACUAUGUCAAGGACAAGAGGUUUGGGACUCUGGCAGAACUGGUUGCUGAUGGGUUGCUUACUCUGCAUAUGGAGUGUGAAGCAGGCCCUUACAUAGUCCUCAUGUCCGACAUGGUCAGGUAUGAGCACAGCCCAGCUUACCUCACACUGAACCGACUGAAGAAGAAAGCACAGCAGCAGCAGAUUGAGCAGGUGGACUAUGACAAAUCGCAUGCAUUCAAGACACACACAUUCAAGGGACUCAACUGGUGCGAAUUCUGUGGGAACUUCUUGUGGGGCUUUACUGCACAAGGAGUCAAAUGUGACGAUUGUGGGUUCAGCGCUCAUGGCAAGUGUAGCGAGAAGUUACCUGCUGACUGCUGUCCUGACCUCAAGAAUUUACGAGGGGUAUUCGGCAUCGACCUGACCACGCUGGUGAAGGCCCACCAUUCCGUGCGGCCAUUUGUUGUGGAUAAGUGCGUUCGGGAGAUAGAGGCUCGGGGGCUGCGCACCGAGGGGCUCUACCGUGUGUCCGGCUUUGCGGACGAGAUGGAUUCUCUCAGGAUGGCCUUGGACAGGGAUGGUGAGAAUGCAGACAUCAGUGCUGAAGUAUAUGACAACAUCAAUGUGAUCGCGGGAAUACUCAAACUUUACCUCCGAUUACUGCCCCUGCCUCUCAUCACGUACGAGGCACACCCCGCCAUGAUCAGGGCCACUCAAAAAUCGAGUCUCCUACAGCAGGUAGCAGGAGUGAAGGAUGCCCUCACUUUACUACCUCCCGCACACUUCAACACCCUUAAAUACCUUCUUGCGCACCUCACAAGGGUGGUGGAGAAUGAACCGUAUAACAAAAUGACAUCCCAGAACCUGAGCACCGUGUUUGCCCCCACUCUGAUGCCCCCGCCAGACCUCUCCAAGAGCCCCACCUCACUGCCCGACAUGACCAACGAGAUAUGGGCCAUACAACUGCUCAUCGACCAUCAGUCACUCAUCUUCAUGUGACAGUGACAGAAUCUGGUCCAACUUCUUGUGGAGUAAAACAGUUUAUGAAGAUUGAAGUGAACGGGCAGAGACAGUGGAUAUCACCUGCACCAGUUGUGGUCCACGACAGCAAUGCAUUUUAAGGAAGGAUUGACACUGAUGCACUAGAUUUUAAAAUGAGAUCUGCAACAUGGGCUAGGCCCAAAAUCUAUUUUCUUUUUAAACAUAAUAUCAUUUCUUAAUGUAUCUAAUGCAUUGAUAGUUUUUUUCUUAAACAAAGUAAUACUUUUGAUUCUUAAUAUAAUAUUUGUUUCCCAAUGUAUAAAGUGUAAGAUAUAAAUUAUAUAUGUUAAUAGAGCAAUUUCAAAUUGGAUAAUUAAUAUUUUAACUAUAUUUUAGUUUUAAUCCAAUCCAUGUUAUGUAGCUAAUUAAAAUUCACCUCUAGAGCCCCAUACUGCAAAUAAUAAAUAACAUAAUAGACUAAUUGUACCUUAUCACACAGUCUAUGGUGAAGAUUCAAUUUCAUUUUUCCAUGUUAAUUUUGAGUUCAGCUCCAGUUCACCUUCUUCUUAGUCUAGCGUCAGAAUCUGACGCUGUCACAGACUUGACUCCUGGUAUCUGGAGUCGUGAUUGUCUGAAGAGAUCCAGAAAAAUCGAUGACGAUCGUUCAUUUUGCAAUAUAAAUACACCAUCAUCAGAGUUCACAUUAUAUAAACUCAUUGGCAUUCGCUUUGGUAAAGUAGGCCAAUCGACUUGUGCCCAUUCAUUUCUGUUUUAAAUAUUGACUAUAUGUUGUGGUUUUGAUUUAUCGUUUAACAACUUUGUCGAUAUUACUACGAUAGUACUAAAAACUCCCAAAGUUGAUAUAUUAUUACCAAAACACACAAUCGGAUCUUCCGUGUAGACUGUAUGAUAUGUUUUAGUCAAUAUUUUUAUUGUAUCUUAUUCUUAUCCAUAAAUUUCGCAUGGAGGAGCCAAUUAGUGGUAAUUUCUGAAUAUUGUUCAACCCUCUAAAAAUUGUGGAACAACCUCUAUAGAGACAAUAGAUCAACAACUCUCUUAAAGUAGAAAAUAGAUCAACGAAUGAGAUUGUGUUUGAAUCUUCAGAAUUCAAAUAUGUGUAUGUGAGGUUUGUCCGAAAAGUAGCCAACCUGCCUUUGUUGGCCGAGUGUUAUGCCUCUAUUUCCGUAUGAAUGUUGAAUUUAGCUCCAGUUCACCUACCUUCCUCUUUGUAGAGGAUAUCACUCUGUUUCAUAUGUAUAGCAUUUCUCUGUGACUAAAUGUUGUGAGCAAAGAGUUUGCAUUAAAUUUUGCUAGAAACUCAGCAAACAGCUUUGACAUAUGUAAGUCAUAACAAAGUUCAACAUAUUUUCUAGUGUAAGAAUGAUGUUAUAUGGCCCAUCUGUAAUCAGCACAAGCCUGAAGCAAGUUCUAAUUUCAGUUCUGUUGAAAUAACACACGUGAGAACUCUGCUGAAGGGGAAAGUAUAUUUUGAAUAUCCCACGGUCAAGUGUAACUGUAAGUCACCAUUAGCAUUAGUGUAUGUACAUAGUUUUGCAUUUUAAUGCCCAGCAUUUUAACUGCAUUGAUAUUAGUAAAGUAUACGGUUUUGUCAUGUGUGUGAAAGCAUCCAAAGUUUUCCAGGUGCUUUGCUGGAAAAUGUAGUUCAUAUUUCUCCUGUUGGGCAAGCACCACACAACCCACUUUGAGAUAAGCGCAGUCAGUGGUAUUGCCUAGAAUGGGGUUCAGUCUAAUUUUACUCCUUUUAUUAAAGCAUUUGUUAUUUGCGUCUCUUUUUUCACAAUGGAUUUGAGUGAACAGCUCUGAUGUGAAACUUUGCUGCCUACUUUGAAAAACAUCAAGGAAUCUUUUGUGAACAACAUAUGGCAAUAGUAUUACUGAGGAAAAAGUCUUACAGUUUUCUUGCGUCAAAAAAAUGAAAUGUCUAUUGAAGAUAAAUAUAUAAGGUUACCAUAAUGUUGACACUGCCUCAGAUCACGUCCCAGAUGGUCCAACUUUUCCGAUGUCAGAUCACUUAUGGUGAAAAAAGAAAAACAUCCCUCAACAUAGUACCAAAAUUCAAGCUCAGAUGACGUGACGUAAAUGUUGAUUUUUAACUUUUUAUAUUUAUAAUAUGUAUAGCCUAUAACAAAUAGUAGAUGGAGACAGAGUGGUUGCCUUCUUGCUAACAUUGCUUCCUUUCGGGAUGCAGAAAACAAAAACCGACAUAAUGACACGUGAUUUUCACAGUAACUCAAAUAAAGUCGGUUCUUUCUAAUAAUGUAGUUUUAGUGGGUCCUUGGUAACAAAAUAGUGGCCUCCGGAUAAUAAAAAAGUACCAAAUCUGUUUUUCAAUAUCCUGUCCACACGUUCGCUUUAUUCGUAAAGGGGCCAAUGUAUAUGGGAAAAAGAAACACUCUUUUCAAGGGUCUUCUAGAAAACAAGAAAAAUGAGUUUCAUAUUAAACUGUCCGGUUCUCAAAUGCCCUUUACUUUUUAUUGGAUUUUCUUACAAAUAUUUAAUAGCUUUUAUAAUGUAAAAUAAAUUUGUACAAUUAUGCUGAAAAUAUUUUGAUGUAUCACAUGUUUACUAAUGGUGUAAAUUUUAUUUCAUGUAAACUUAUGUAAGGAAUAAACCUGUAACUGUGACUCUGACUGAAGAUUGCAUAAGUAAAUAAGCUGUGUGGAAUGUGUGUUGUAUAGACUUUUGGAUACUUCAUCUCGUUACUAUAGCUUAUGUGUCUUAGUGUAAGUAUAGAAAUAUUUUGCAUUACCUAUAUUUUAUAUCCUUUGAACAAAUAGUUUUGUACAUAAUCGUUGUAUGUAUAUAUUGCACAUGAUUUUAAAUAGGUCUUUGAAUGUUUUUAUUAUUUUUACUAUUACAGUUCUCCACUAUGUGUCUGGAGUAAAAUAUCUACUUAGAUUGGAAUAUAGAUCUGUGUAUAAAAAAUCAUUAAGCUUAGUUAAGGAAAAAAAUGCAUGCAGUGAUAAUUUCAGUUAUCUUUUAACAAACGAGAACAGAAAAUGUGCUUGAUAAAAACUGCAAUUUUUAAAGUUUACUUUAAAACUAAACAAAACAAAUUUAAAAACAAUAACACUGUUUAUUGAGCUAGUGAAUAUCCACUUUAUAAAGUUUAUAAAAGUGCAUGAUGUUUUUUUAAAUUAAUCAAACACUUUUCUUAGUAUUUAUUUUCAAUUAUAUUUAUCAUAUAGUAUUCUAUAUUACUGUUAAUGUAUAUAUAAUAUAAAUAUUAUUGAUCUGUCUGUUAUUUUGUUGAUCUGAUGUCUUGUGUUUUGAUUUGACUACUAAAGGUUUGCCUUAGUCUAUCUCAGUUCUCUUUUUUAAUAUGUUUGUAAUUUUUUAAAGUAAGACAAGUAGUGUGAAUAGUUCAUUUUAUUACAAAAUGAACUAUUACAAGGUAAAUAACUUGCUUUUUUAUUCUGUAAUAAAUGAAAGAAACAAAUAUAUUACUGGUAUGAUAUAUUCAUGUAUAUAUAUUUAAAAAAUAUAAUUUUCAAUAUAUUACUUGUAUUUGUAUAUUUCUGUUAACUACCUGUAUUAAGAAGUAAAACAAGAAAAAGAAUUAGCUUGAUAUCUUAAAAAAUAGCUGAGUUAUAAAUUCUUUUACAAAAUCCUUACAUUUAUUCUACAUGUAAGGAUGUACAUGUACAGAAAGGAUGUAAGGAUUUCUGGUACAUCACUCGAUAUAAUGUCCGGGGUUAAAAGGGUUAAUCUUGAAAAUUGAAGGAUAGUUGGUAACAAUAGUAUUAACGAAAAUGAUCAAUACUAUAUUACACUAUGAAAAAUUUGAAGAGUUAAUGAAAAUAUUAUUAAUACGAGUAAUAACAAACAGAAAAUUUGUUUGAAGUUUAUUUUUGACGAUGGAAGGAUUGUGAAGGAAACAGGAUUUUUUCCGGACAUUUGCCAUCGUUCAGUGAAACAAAAAAUCAGUAACACCUGUAACUGAGGAAUUUUUGUUUCCUUCACAAACGGAAAUUUUUUCAAUCUGUCACCUUUUUUAUAGCUGCACUUUGUAUAUUAAUAUUUUUAUUUAGCCAUUUAAUUAUAUUUUAGGUUGAUUUACCAGCACACAGUGGACGUUCUGUUAAACGUUAGUUUAGGUGUUCCUUAUCUCAUAUUAAAGGAACCCAAUUAUAUAGUUUGUAUGAUUUUCUUAAAAACAAUGUUAUGUAAGGUAAACUGGAUUUAUAUAGACAUAUACAAUAUUUUAAAUUAUGAUUUAUUAUGAUAUAUUCUACAAUACUGUGAAAUUGAAUGUAAUGUUUAUUGGGUCAACUUCUGUGAUAAUUAUUUAUUUUUAGAAUAGAGCGAAGUAUGGGAUUUUACAGUAUGAAUUUCAAGCAAAGUACAUAUAGUAAAGUACAGUUAUGGAUUACUUGAAUCUUUGUUAACUAUUCCUGUACAUGUAUUAUUUUAAUUUUCUUACGGAAAUGUACAAGUGUCUUUAAAAGAAUUAAUACUUUCUUUCUUCCAGUACUCACUGUGAAGUAACUCGGAGAUCAUGUGUUGAUUGUUUGGUGGAUGAUUGUCUGGGAAUGGAAUUGAGACAACCGACUCUGAUAAAAACAAGUCUUAAAAAAUAAAAAUUACAAGUGACCACUCACUAACGGGCCGUGAGCCAAUGCCGUGUCAAGCUUUUGCGUUAUAUAACUCUGAACACUACAUUUCUUUAAUAACUUAAUUAGCGUGAUACAACGAAAUACAGUUAUUCUCCCAAUUUUGUUGUAUUAGCGGUGUUUUUAAAAUUUUGUAUCAGUUUAGUACUGAAUUAAUUAAUUGUGAAAAACUCUAUAAAUAAAGUAAUAAAAUGAGAAAAAGUGAAGGAAUAAGUAGACCCGAGACAUAGAAAUACUGUUUAUUUAACUGUUUUUAUUUUCACUUCCGAUUCUGCCUUCCAUUAAAAUGCUUUGAAUAUUUUUUGCUACCAGACAAAUUUAUUCUUCACUUGUGACACGUUUUGUAAGAAUUCAGUCGGAGAGCCAAAUCAAACAGAUUUCUCUGAAUUAUCUCAAAUUAAGCUUUAAAAUAUGAACAAUAAUUUGGAAAUGAAUUAUAUUAUUUUCCUUUUUUAAUUUGAAGUUUUCUCAGUUAACACGUGGGUGAGGGACAAGAACAGUCCCCUUAUGCCAUUUCCAAACCCAGCCAAGGCUGCAGAAACUGUUGUUAGUCUGUGAUGUUAUGUCUGAAAGAAUAUUUUGUAUGACAUUUAUAUGCUUAGAUAUGCUUAGAAAUAAAUAGUAUGUGGUUUAUUUUUUAAAUAAUGCAAAUAAAUGAUUAAUUACUUUGUAAA